AAUACUAUUUAACUACUUUCAAGAAUGGAUGCCAUAAAAUUCAUUUUUGAAAAACCCACCCUUUCUGGAAGGAUUUCUCAGUGGCAUAUGUUGCUGUUUGAAUUUGACAUUGUUUACACAACACAAAAGUCCAUCAAAGGGCAAGCCAUUGUAAAUCAUUCUGCUAAGCAUGCGAUGAAGGAUUAUGAGCCUAUUGAAUGGGAUUUUCCUAAUCAAGACAUUUUGGCAAUGGAGGCAGAAUUUGAUUCAGAUAAUUGGAAGCUCUUCUUUGAUGGAGCUGUUAACCAGCUUGGUUGUGGCCUUGGAGCCAUAUUAAUGCAUUCUUCUUUGGAUAUGAAUGUCCGAGAUUUGGAGAUAUAUGGUGAUUCAACACUAAUCAUUUAUCAAACGAAUGGUGAUUGGCAAACCAAAGAUCCAAAACUUAUUCCUUAUCACCAAUACCUUGAAACUCCCAUAAGAAGAUUCAGAUUCAUCUUUCUAAACCACAUGCCUUGUGCCAAGAACCAAUUCACAGAUACUUUGGCAACUUUAGCCUCCAUGAUCCAAAUCUCUAAUGAUGACAUAAUCAAGCCUUUGAUGAUUGAAAUUAGCCAAGAACUGGCACAUUGCAUGGAAAUCAAAGUUGAUGACAAACCAUGGUUUCAUGAUAUUAAACGGUUCUUGCAAAAUGGGGAGUAUCACCUUCAUGCGUUUGAGGUGAACAAGAAGACAAUCAAAAAAUUGGCAGCUUCUUACUUCUUGAGUGGAAAUACACUAUAUAAAUGUUUUGCUAAUAUGACUUUGUUGAGAUGUGUUGAUGAAACAGAAGCAAAAGAAGUCAUGAUUGAGGUCUAUGAAGGGAUAUGUGGAACACAUGCAAAUGGAAGAAUGCUUGCUAGAAAGAUUCUUCGAGUCGAUUAUUAUUGGUUGACUAUGGAACAUGAUUGCAUCAAAUAUGCACGAGCUUGUCACAAAUGUCAGAUCUAUGCUGAUCAUAUCAAUGCGCUGCCUUCAUUAUUACAUUAUAUGUCCGCUCCUUGGCCAUUCUCCAUGUGGGGCAUUAAUGUAAUUGGGGCAAUCAAUCCUAAAGCUUCCAAUGGUCAUCAAUUUAUCUUGAUUGCUAUUGAUUAUCUUACCAAAUGGGUAGAAGCAACAUCUUAUGCCAGCAUCACAAAGAAAGUGGUUACCCACUUCAUCAAGAAAGAGAUUAUCUAUAGAUAUGGACAACCAAAAGCCAUCAUGACUGAUAAUGCAAGCAAUUUGAACAAUGACAUGAUGAUUGUACUAUGCAAGCAAUUCAAGAUCAAGCAUUUGAACUCUUCUCCAUACCGACCAAAGAUGAAUGGUGUGGUGGAAGCUGCCAACAAGAAUGUCAAGAAGAUUCUAGCCAAGAUGAUAGUUACUUACAAAGAUUGGCCUGAAAUGUUGCCAUAUGCUCUCCAUGCUUAUAGAACCUCUAUUCGUAGCUCAACUUGGGCAACCCCUUAUUCCUUGGUAUAUGGAAUGGAGUAAAUACUACUAACUGAGCUAGAAAUUCUUUCCAUGAGAAUCUUAUCUAAGUUAGUGAUUGAUGAAGAAGACUUGAUUCAGAAAAGGAUAGAUUAUCUCAACUUGCGUAAUAAGAAAAGAUUGGCAGCUCUUUUUCAUGGCCAAUGUUAUCAGCGACGGAAUGGCAACAGCUUACAACAAGAAAUUCAAACCUAGAGCAUUUCAUCAAGGAGAUAUUGUCUUAAGAAAGAUUAUGCCAGAUG